CUUUUCUUCAUUCAUUCCAUACAUAUUUGUCUCUCUUUAAUGUAUUUAUUCCCCCUUUUGUAGUAAUAACCACUCAAAAGGGCUUUUACUUCACUCUCAAUAUGGCUUUGUCUCUUAUCCUUCUAGCUCUCUUAGUGUUAUGCCCUAGUGGUGGUCACAGCCAGCGUUCUCCUUCGCCAGGAUACUACCCGAGUUCCCGAGUACCGACUUCACCUUUUGAUCGUGAAUUUCAAACUCUAUGGGGCUCUCAACACCAACGUCGAGAGCAAGACGUUGUUACUCUUUGGCUCGACAAAUCCACUGGGAGUGGGUUCAAGUCUAUUCGUCCAUACCGGUCGGGCUACUUUGGUGCUUCCAUAAAGCUCCAACCAGGCUUCACGGCUGGAGUUGAUACGUCCCUCUACCUAUCAAACAACCAAGAGCAUCCUGGAGACCACGAUGAGGUCGAUAUCGAGUUUCUAGGGACGACGCCAGGGAAACCUUAUUCUCUUCAAACAAAUGUAUUCGCUAGAGGAAGUGGCGACCGAAAUGUCAUUGGGAGAGAAAUGAAAUUUACCUUGUGGUUCGACCCUACUCAAGAUUUUCACCAUUACGCAAUUUUGUGGAACCCUAACCAAAUUGUAUUCUUCGUAGAUGAUGUACCGAUACGUACAUAUAAUAGAAAGAAUGAAGCUACGUUCCCCACAAGACCGAUGUGGGUUUACGGAUCGAUAUGGGAUGCAUCAGAUUGGGCCACGGAAAAUGGAAGGAUCAAAGCUGACUAUCGAUACCAACCAUUUGUGGCUAAGUACAAAAACUUUAAGCUAGCCGGAUGCACAGCCGAUAGCAGUAGCUCAUGCAGACCGCCAUCGCCUGCACCAUUCCGCAACCAAGGGUUGAGCCGGCAGCAAAUGGCAGCCAUGACAUGGGCACAGAGGAACUUCUUGGUCUAUAACUAUUGCCAUGACCCGAAAAGAGACCAUACCCAAACACCAGAAUGUUAAACACAAACAAACAAAAGAAAGGUUUUAAUAAUUUUACUUCGCAUUACCAAACAUACAAUUUCAAUUAAUAAUAAUUGGAGGUCUUGUGACGGGUCCACACUGGAAACUCGAUUGAAGCAGUUGAGCGUCCGGUCCUCUACGAUUUGUGAUUAAAAAGAAACGGUUUUGUUUUUUCAAAUACUUUGUAAUGUUCCAUUUGGUAUCUUCUAAUAAUUGUGGCUAUAUUGUGUGAUCAUAUUAAUAUAUGUGGUAUUGUAUUGUUGUGUGAACCAAAGAAAGAAAAAAGUUGUCUUUUCGACA